CUUUCUUUAGCGUUCUCUUGAGAAAGUGGUUCCAAUUUAGUGGCAGCUGGACAAACGCUCAAAGACGAGUGUGUAUUUGGUGGACCAAAACGAAGCAAUAAUGGGACGCAUCCCAGGCUCUUUUUAAGGCAUCAAUUCUUGAGACUUUUUUUGUGGGUCGACUCAGAGGACACGUAUCUGCUCCAUUUCUUGUGACGAAGUAAAUUGUCAAGAGUGAAUUUUCAAACAGUUCUGCGAUGGGCCAUCGGGGGUCAUUUCUGGGCAAAGUAUUGUACCAAAUUUAAAUGUAAACUUGGACGAAAACGCCUGCGAUAUUUGGUGAAUUUUUCAGCCCGGUAAAGCACUCCAAAUAAUAACGUCUAAUGUCACUGUAGGAAAACGAAUCCAUCUAAGAUUGUCAAAUCGAAUCGAAUGUAUGCACUGUACAGUACAUAACGACACUCACAUGCUCCCAACAUCCCCUGCCACUAGUUGGCGGUGGAGCACCUGCGCGGUGCUCCCGCCAAAGAAGAAGGAGAACGCGUAGAAGAAGAAUAGGCGUCCUUUUUAAAAGCCAGUUCCGUUUAACGGUAGCGUCGCCGCUGUGUGUAAAGGCAACACAACAAUUCAGCCCCACCACGGAAUUAAACAAGAACAACGGAAGAUAACUUUUUUUUUAAACGACACCUCGCGCUCAACGUGCUUGUUCGCGGUCUCUCUUAAACGCGCCGCUUGGGGAAUUGCAGCUGGCCUGACCAAUAGGCACCGACCGACUCAAUGGACAACCUGGACUUUUCCGAAGAGGAGAUCCAGCAGCAGCUGGCGCUGCUGGGAUACGCCGACGUCCCCGACCACAGACUGCGAGAGUUCAAGCGAGAUCUGGACCGGCUGAUUCAAAACGGCGGCGGGCCCAACGCGCCCGUCAUGUCCGCCGGUGACAAAGCGGAUCCCGGACCGCCCGCCUACACCAAAGAGAAAGUGCGGCGGGACGACGGGGACUCGCCGGGGAGUGGGCGCGGAGGCGGCCCGGCCCACGUCUUGGUACCGGACGCCGGCGGCAGACGCUUCAUCAAGAGGAAAGUCCUGCGGAAGCGUGAAGGACACUCGCUGGUCUGCGACGAAUCCAUCUACAGCCAAGAUCCCGAUGGCUCCGCUUUGCUGCCGGAUCGCCUGUCCCAGCUGCGCUUAGGCGAGGCGGAAAACCACCACGCCGGCGUCCUGAGCGACUCCGAGGAGGGAGUUUCCCUCAGCACUUGCAUGACGCGAUCAAGAAGCGAGAGCGACUUCCGCGCUAAACCCAAAUCCUUCAUCCGACCGCUCAUGAUGCAACAUACGAUCAAGAAGAUGGACCCGGUGGCCAGGUAUUUCCACUACAAGCACCUGUGGGACCAGCUCAAGCUCCCCGGAGAGCGAGACCACCGGGAACUCCGCUGGGAAAUCAGGGAGCGACUCGCCUACCGGCCGCCAGCCCCCAAAGCUCGACGAAGUUUGGCGGCCAACGGCUACGUGGUCCCCACAGACAAGAAGCGAUCGGCUCUGCGCUGGGAAGUCCGCAGCCUCAUGGCGGACCCCCACCUGCCGCACGGGUUCAUCUGAAGCACCCGCAAGCUGGGGGCCUUUUUCCUUUUUUUAAUGGACGAGUAACUCGUCGCAGAGCCGGGGCGAGAGCUGAGACAUGGCGCCCCGCCCCCCAAUGUCAUCGGGCCUUCCGAACGUCCAUUUUAGGCCCUCCUCGGGUCUUUUCGCUUUUUCUUGUGACACGCGGGAACAAGACGACGUUGGAAAAAGCGUUGCAUUUCACGAGGUCCUCAAUUCAGGGCCUUUUUGACAUCUCUUGUCUUUGUUGACAUGACAGCUGGCAGUAACAAGCAUGAAGGUGACAAAGUAGGAGAUUUAACAUCCAUCAGCUUGCCUUUUCAGUGGCCAAAGGUCGACCAGACCUGACCAGGCUCUCGGAUGAGCAAAAACCGGAACAAGUACAAAAGUGACAAGCGGGAACAGAAGGAACAAGUUUCCACAUGACUUUUAGAUUUUCUGAUGUGUGUUGAGCUUGGUUUACCCCCACCAAAAAUAAACAAUACUUUCUAUCAUC